AACAGCACUGGACUUAGCAGACCCAUCAGCAAAAGCAGUACUUACAGGUGAAUACAAGAAAGAUGAAGUCCUGGAAAGUGCCAGAACUGGAAAUGAAGAAAAUUUAAUGGCACUUCUUACACCACUAAAUGUCAACUGUCAUGCAAGUGAUGGCAGAAAGUCAACUCCAUUACACUUAGCAGCUGGCUAUAACCGUAUUAAGAUUGUGCAGCGUCUAUUACAGCAUGGAGCAGAUGUACAUGCUAAGGAUAAGGGAGAUUUGGUGCCUCUUCACAAUGCUUGUUCCUAUGGUCAUUAUGAAGUAACAGAACUUCUAGUUAAGCAUGGAGCUUGUGUAAACGCAAUGGAUCUGUGGCAAUUCACUCCUCUGCAUGAAGCAGCUUCUAAGAACAGAGUGGAAGUGUGUUCUCUCUUGUUGAGCUAUGGUGCUGAUCCUACACUGUUAAACUGCCAUAAUAAAAGUACAAUCGACUUGGCCCCAACACCUCAGUUAAAAGAACGAUUGGCAUAUGAAUUCAAAGGCCACUCGUUGCUACAGGCUGCAAAGGAAUCUGAUGUAGCACGUGUAAAAAAGCACCUCUCUCUUGAGAUUAUAAACUUCAAGCACCCUCAGACUCACGAAACUGCCUUGCACUGUGCUGCUGCAUCACCAUAUCCCAAAAGAAAGCAAGUCUGUGAACUACUUCUAAGAAAAGGAGCCAACAUCAAUGAAAAGACAAAAGACUUCCUGACGCCUCUCCAUGUUGCAUCAGAAAAAGCCCAUAAUGAUGUUGUUGAAGUAGUCAUGAAACAUGAAGCAAAGGUCAAUGCCUUGGAUAAUCUUGGCCAGACAUCUCUGCAUAGAGCAGCGUACUGUGGCCAUCUUCAGACUUGCCGACUGUUGUUGAGCUUUGGCUGUGAUCCAUCAAUUGUAUCACUGCAGGGUUUUACAGCCUCUCAGAUGGGAAAUGAGAGUAUUCAGCAGCUAUUACAAGAAGGUGUCCCUUUAGGCAAUUCAGAAGCAGAUCGGCAAUUAUUGGAAGCUGCAAAGGCAGGAGAAAUGGACAUAGUAAAAAAGUUAUGUACAGUACAGAGUGUAAAUUGCCGGGAUAUUGAAGGACGUCAGUCUACACCACUUCACUUUGCAGCGGGAUACAAUAGAGUGUCUGUGGUUGAAUAUCUUCUGCAGCAUGGUGCUGAUGUUCACGCAAAAGACAAGGGAGGCCUUGUUCCUUUGCACAAUGCUUGUUCAUACGGACACUAUGAAGUGGCUGAAUUGCUUGUUAAACAUGGGGCAGUUGUCAAUGUAGCAGAUAUAUGGAAGUUCACUCCUUUACAUGAAGCUGCUGCAAAAGGAAAAUACGAGAUUUGUAAGCUUCUGCUACAGCAUGGAGCUGACCCCACGAAGAAAAACAGAGAUGGGAAUACUCCAUUAGACCUCGUUAAAGAUGGUGACACAGAUAUUCAGGAUCUCCUUAGAGGAGAUGCAGCUUUGCUAGAUGCUGCGAAGAAGGGCUGUUUGGCUCGGGUGAAGAAAUUGUGUUCUCCUGAUAAUGUAAAUUGUCGUGAUACACAAGGCCGACAUUCCACUCCACUCCACUUAGCAGCUGGCUACAACAAUUUGGAGGUUGCUGAAUACCUGUUACAGCAUGGAGCUGAUGUAAAUGCACAGGACAAAGGGGGUCUAAUUCCGCUGCACAAUGCAGCAUCCUACGGGGCUGAUGAUGUUAGCACAUUAUUGACAGCUGCCAUGCCGCCUUCUGCCUUGCCAUCUUGUUACAAACCUCAGGUUAUAAACGUGUCUCAAAAUGUGUCUUCAGCUGAUUCACUUCCUUCCGUUCCAUCCAGCCCACGUAAUCCGUCAGCUGCCAGUAGCCUUGACAACUUGUCUUGUAGCUUUUCUGAACUAUCAAUUAGUACAAAUAGUUCUGAUGGGGCCACUGGCUUGGAGAAGAAGGAAGUUCCAGGUGUAGAUUUUAGCAUAAAUCACUUCGUGAGAAAUCUUGGACUUGAACAUCUGAUUGACAUAUUUGAGAGAGAGCAAAUAACAUUAGAUGUACUGGUUGAAAUGGGACACAAAGAAUUAAAGGAUAUUGGAAUUAAUGCUUAUGGCCAUAGACACAAAAUAAUUAAGGGUGUUGAAAGACUAAUCUCAGGACAACAAGGACAUUCCUAUCUAACUUUGAAUACUUCAGGUAGUGGAACAAUCCUUAUAGACCUCUCUCCUGAUGAUAAAGAGUUUCAGUCAGUGGAAGAAGAGAUGCAAAGUACUGUUCGAGAGCACAGAGAUGGUGGGCAUGCUGGUGGGGUUUUCAACAGAUACAACAUCUUAAAGAUACAAAAAGUGUGUAACAAAAAGCUCUGGGAAAAGUACACUCAUAGGAGGAAAGAAGUUUCUGAAGAGAAUCAUCAUCAUGCUAAUGAAAGGAUGUUGUUCCAUGGGUCCCCUUUUGUGAAUGCAAUUAUUCAUAAAGGUUUUGAUGAGAGACAUGCAUACAUAGGAGGAAUGUUUGGUGCUGGAAUUUAUUUUGCUGAAAACUCUUCCAAAAGCAACCAAUAUGUGUACGGUAUUGGAGGUGGCACUGGUUGCCCAAUUCACAAAGAUAGAUCUUGUUAUGUCUGUCAUAGGCAGUUGCUGUUUUGCCGUGUUACGUUGGGCAAGUCUUUUCUGCAGUUCAGUGCAAUGAAAAUGGCUCAUUCUCCUCCAGGACACCAUUCAGUUACUGGGCGACCUAGUGUAAAUGGACUAGCCUUAGCAGAAUAUGUCAUCUACAGAGGAGAGCAGGCCUACCCAGAAUAUUUGAUUACCUACCAGAUUGUGAAGCCUGAAGCUGCUACAGAAGCUUGAAACCCCAUAUGUUUUGCAGAGAUCAAAUGAAGAGUACUCGGAAUUGCUGAAAAAAAAUGUAUCUUGCCCCCCACCCCAGGCAUUAUGGUAGAAAAUGUGAAUAAAAUCUAACAUUUUGACUUGGUAAAGCUUUAAUAAAUGUAUAGUAAGUUUUCUAAAAAAAAAUUCAGAAACUUCCUUUUUUCAGCACUUUAACAGAUCUCAUUCCAGGUGAUACUGGGUUUGUCUGUAACUAAAUUAUAAAACAGAUAUUAACUUGAACUAUGUUUUCUAAUUCCAAUGAAAUCUAACAAACUAUUGCUAUACAGGAACUCAUUUUACUAAUACUGUGUUCUUUAAAACACUACAUUUACACAGAGUACAGUUGCAUUUGUAAAACUGUAAAUAAGAGCUUUUCUACUAGCCUGGUAUUUAUUUACAUUGUUUUGUAAUAUAAGUGAUUCAGAACUGCAAAAUAUUCAUUCAAACAUUGCAUUACACAUCUGCAUUUCAUCACAUGCAGUAGUUUGGAGGACCCCAGGAGAUGCUUAUUUGUUGGGAAGAAGAAGCUUUCACUUGAUUUUAACUAACUAAGCAGUGUUUAGUGGAGGAAAAUGUUACAAUAGGUUGUACAUAAGUCUACCACAUUCCUGAGAAACCAAGCAGAACAUUCCAAUUUCUCAACGGAUCCACUACAGGUUAAAAUGUAAUUAAAGAGGGUUAAGUAGGCUGUCUGGAAGUAUAAAGCAGAUAAGCUUUCAGGCACACAUUUCAUACAAAGACAAGAAGUUUUUUUAUAUAUGCCUGUUUUCUCUCUAGCCAUGCAAAGCUAAACAUAGAGAUGCUAUAAGUUCUAGGUUGAACUUCCUUUUAUAAGCACCCUCCAUGAGUGAAGUCUGUUAGGAUUGCACUUUACCACUUUUUGUUGGCUACCUAGCCUUCUGUGAGCACUGUUCUACUUAUUGUACAUAGUGGCUAGGGCUUCUCUAAGAAAGCCACUGGAGGCAAAGGUCAGAAAAGGGAGUAAUCACAGCUCUUCAAGACACUGACAUCUUCACACCCUCUCCCACUAUCUGCUUUCAUUAUUCAUUGAGUUCCUUUAAGAUUACCCAACUGUUCCAGAGAUUUUUUUAAUGUAAAUAUUAAUAACUGAAGUAACUUCAAGAAUCCAAUUUUAAAUUCUACACUUUAAUUGGGGGUUCUUCAGCAUAUAUAGGACCAUGACCCAUGUUAUAAUUUAAUUGUGGAUCAUUAUCCCAUUAUGGUUUUAGAAAGAUUGCCAAGACAGCUUGAGCUGCGUCUGGCUCAUAUGGUGAUUUAAGACUUGAGUCUUAAAGAAUUGCAUUCCACGUGAAGUUAGUGCAUGGAUAGUUAUACAAUCAUGUGGAAAAUAUGGUAAAUGUCACUUUAGGUGAUUGCUGUUGCAAGCAAUACAGACAAUAAAGUUGAAUAAAAGGGUUCUUAAUUUGUAUGGUACUUUUUCACUGCAUGUUUUCCACUCACUAGCUUAGUCAAAUGCUGGAACGGGUGUUCAUGCAAAAUCUGCUAACUAUGAUUUAAGUAUUGAGAACUUUGUUUCAUUAUUGGAAAUAUUUCAUUCUUUGUGAAUGAUUAUUUAAUGUGAUAUAAAUAAUUGUGGUAUUGGUAGCAUUUCAGAUGGUACCACAAGGAUGGUUAGAAUGUUUUUAAUUUUGCAUGACAUAUCUUUUUCUGAAGAUGGAAAAUGUAAUUGUUUUGAUUGUUUUGACUUCAAGUAAAGUUCUAGCCGCCUGUGCAAUUAGUGCUUUAUUCAUCUUGAAAGUAUAACUUACCUGUAUUUGUACCACAUUCCAUACCAUUCAAUCCUAAAUAAACUUCAUUCACAAGCUU